UAUAAGAAACAGAUACAUUCAAAAGAAGACUGUACGAUUUAUUAUUUGCAGUAAUUAACAUUUUCAACAAUUCAAUUGUGUUGAUUUGCGAAGUGUAAUACACAUUAUAUAGCUGCGUGAAUUCAAUUUCAUUGUGACGAUGGCAGUUGUGUUUCUGUUUGUUUUAUUUUUUUUAUGUCUCAAAGUGAACGGUGCACCUUUUGGUGCUAAGGGAGAUCAUACGCGGCCAUCAAAAUUUCUUGUUGAAAAACCAAACGAGUUCCCGUGGAUGGCAGCACUAUUCUAUAGAAAUGUAACUUUCACUUGCGGUGGCACUAUUAUAUCGGAGAAUUUCAUUAUGACCGCAGCACAUUGUGUUAAGGAAUCCAAAAGACCGUCCAUAGUUCAAGUGGGAAAACUAACGCUCAAUGGUGACGAUGGCUUGGAAGGAAAAAUCUAUAAAAUCGAGGCAAUUACACGCCAUCCACAAUAUAACACUACAACGGGGAAAAAUGAUAUUGCAUUGAUUCAAACUCGUGAAAAAAUUAAUUUUACGUCCGAUAUUGCAGCGGCAAACUUGCAGACGGAUACGAAUGAUGUUGAUUCUGAACUCAUUGUGACCGGUUGGGGUGCACUCGCAUUUGGAGAAUCCAAUUCAAACAAAUUGCUGAAAACAAACUUAACAACGGUACCAUUACGCGAAUGUAAUUCAACUUGGAUUGAAUGGAACAAAAGUGAAAAUUUAGUAAUUUUUCGAAAUGGUAUAAGCAAUGGACAAUAUUGUGCAUAUGAUCCAGAAGGAAGAAGAGAUUCUUGCCAUGGAGAUAGUGGAAGUCCUCUUCAGUAUUUCGCGAACAGUAAUUCAAGCACAGCGACCAUAGUUGGCAUUGUUUCAUUGGGUUAUUUUUGUGGUAUUCCAUUACCAAGCAUCUACACUCGUGUGGCUUAUUACGUUGAUUGGAUCGAAUCCAUCGUGUGGCCACAAUAAAUGAUUUUUUCAAAUCUGGACUUUCUCAUUCGGCUUGAAAAAAAAACCAACUAGGCCCAUAUGAUUGUUAA